AUGUUCAGUCAGUGGGACACCCCAAUUGUUGGUGGACCCGUGGACACUAAAAAGCGCCAGCGAGAGGAUGACGCCCAGACUCCUCUGCCGGGCACGAUAUUGGACACGCCUUUGCCCGCUUCCAACGAUGUUCCAGCGAAGAAGACACGUUGGGAGGAGGCCCGAUGGGAUGAUGCGUCUUCCACGCCGGUGGCGGUGCCGGGGAUGACCAGCUUAGGGACGCCGGGUACGCCGGAGGUGCCGAGUGCGGCGGGGGGACUGACGGCAGUGCAGCGUGCGGUAUUACAGGAUCCGCGGAACCGUCCGUUGACGGACGAGGAGUUGGACGCGCUAUUGCCUACGGAAGGUUACGAGGUGGUUCAACCGCCAGCGGGGUAUGUGCAGACUAAGCACGUGCCGGCGGCAUUGGCGGCUGGACUGGGGUUGGACGAAGGGGUGCGUCAGACGCCAGCAGAGUUUGAGUCGUUUACGACUUUGCCGGCGGCUCCGGAGGUGGCGAUGGAGGACUUGAGCAUGAAGGCGGAAGACUAUGAGUUUUUCCGGAAGCUGUUUGAAGAUGUGGAUGAGUCCGCCCUCUCUGUCGAGGAGUUGCGGGAACGGCGCAUCAGUCUGCUGUUGCUCAAGAUCAAAAACGGGACGCCUCCGCUGCGGCGGGCGGCUUUGAAACAAAUCACCGCGCGCGCGCGCGAAUUUGGUCCGGAACCGCUCUUCAACCAGAUCCUGCCACUGAUGAUGCAGAGCGCCGCGGACGAUCAGGAGCGGCACCUGUUGGUCAAGGUGAUUGACCGCGUGCUCUAUAAGUUGGACGACCAAGUGCAGCCGUAUGUGCAUAAAAUUCUAGUCGUAAUCGAGCCGCUGUUGAUUGAUGAGGACUACUAUGCGCGCGUAGAAGGUCGUGAAAUCAUUAGCAAUUUGAGUAAGGCCGCCGGACUCGGCACGAUGAUCGCUACCAUGCGGCCAGACAUUGACCAUCCGGAUGAAUACGUGCGCAACACAACUGCGCGCGCUUUUGCCGUGGUGGCCUCCGCGCUGGGUAUCUCUUCGCUGAUCCUUUUCCUCAAGGCUGUCUGUCAAAGCAAAAAGAGCUGGCAGGCAAGACAUACUGGCAUCAAGAUCGUGCAACAGACGGCGAUCCUUAUGGGCUGUGCCGUGCUGCCUCACCUGCGACAGCUGGUGGAGAUCAUUGCGACCGGACUACAAGAUGAACACGCCAAAGUUCGGACGAUCACUGCACUGGCGCUGUCUGCGCUCGCCGAAGCGGCACAUCCUUACGGGAUCGAAACCUUUGACUGCGUCCUGCGGCCGCUGUGGCAGGGUAUUUGCGAGUACCGGGGCAAGGGCCUGGCAGCUUUCCUCAAAGCUAUGGGACUUAUCAUCCCACUCAUGGACCCCGAACAUGCAGAUGUGUAUACACGAGAAACUAUGCGUAUCGUUUGUCGCGAGUUUAAUACCCCGGAUGAUGAAAUGAAGAAAGUCAUACUUAAGGUGAUUAAACUCUGCGCCGCCACACAAGGUGUAGAAGCAGACUACAUUCGGGCAGAGGUCCUACCCGACUUCUUCCAAAACUUCCUAGUGGUCCGUAACGCAUUAGACAGAGCCAACCGGCGCCAGGUGGUAGAAACAACUGUGGAACUUGCGAACAAGUGCGGAAGUGCGGAAAUUCUUAAACGACUGGUCGACCCUUUGAAGAAUUCGUCCGAAGUCUUUCGCCAUAUGGCACUGGAAAUCGCAGACCAAGUAGUUCUCAACCUCGGUGUGGAUGAGAUAGACCAGGAGCUAGAGGAACUCUUUAUUGACGGGCUCCUCUUCUGUUUCCAGGAACAGUCAUCCGAAGCUGAUUCGGAAGUUGUCCUGAAUGCGUUCGGCUCCAUCGCUAACACUCUUGGCAUGCGACUGAAGCCUUACUUGAAGCACAUUACUGGCGUAAUUCGCUGGCGGUUAAAUACGCCUUCCGCUAGGGUUCGGCAGCAAGCUGCUGACCUGAUUAGCCGAAUCGCGGCCGUCAUGAAGAAAUGCGGAGAAGAACAAAUGCUGAGUCACUUCGGAUUGUUCCUGUACGAAUAUCUGGGAGAAGAAUAUCCAGAGGUACUGGGUUCGAUUCUAUGCGCACUCAAAUCCAUUAUAAACGUCAUUGGCAUUCGCAUUAUGACGCCGCCGAUUAAAGACUUGCUGCCACGACUCACCCCGAUUUUGCGAAACCGGCAUGAAAAGGUACAGGAAAAUGUAAUCGAUUUGAUCGGGAGAAUCGCCGACCGCGGAGGGGACAUGGUCUCCCCUAAGGAAUGGGACCGAAUAUGCUUUGACUUGCUGGAACUUCUCAAGGCCCACAAGAAAUCAAUUCGACGGACGACCAUUAAUACGUUUGGCUACAUCGCACGGACCAUUGGACCACACGACGUCAUGGUCACGCUCAUGAACAACCUGCGAGUACAAGAACGACAGUUACGUAUUUGUACCACAAUUGCAAUUGCUAUCGUAGCGGAAACCUGCUUACCCUACACCGUUCUACCCGCCCUUAUGAAUGAAUACAAAAUUCCAGAUGUAAAUGUACAGCAUGGUGUUCUUAAAGCACUUUCGUUCUUAUUCGAGUAUAUAGGAGAGAUGGGCAGGGACUAUAUAUAUGCCGUAGUCCCACUUCUGCAAGAUGCUUUGAUGGAUCGAGACAUUGUCCAUCGGCAAACCGCAGCGUGGGUAUGUAAACAUCUGGCAUUAGGUGUGCAUGGGCUGUCAAGGGAGGAUGCUCUCAUACACUGCCUCAAUUAUGUGUGGCCCAACAUUUUUGAGACACCAGCACAUUUGACUCAAGCAACUUUUGACGCCAUCAGCGGAUUUAGAGUCGCUCUAGGACCAGGAAUCAUGCUCAACUAUUUAUUACAAGGCCUUUUUCAUCCCGCCAGAAAGACAAGAGAGAUUUACUGGAGAAUCUACAACUCAGUAUACAUCGGCCACAACGAUGCUCUCGUAAGCUUCUAUCCUGAGCUUGAACCAGACGAAAACAAUGACUACCGGCGGCCAGAGCUAGAAAUGUGCUUAUAG